AUGACAAUCAAUUACAACUUGGCUGUGUCGACGUCGAAACCGUGGACUCUGUUCAAACUUCUGCUGAAAUGGCGCGGCAGCAUUUGGAAAGCAGUGCUUUUAGAGCUUGUCGUAUGGCUGAUGUUCUAUGGAAUUCUAAGCAUCAUCUAUCGGACAGCUCUAUCUUACGACCAACAAAAGACUUUUGAAAGGGUGGUGCUAUAUUGCGAUGCAAGACUAAGCUAUAUUCCCCUCAAUUUCAUGUUAGGUUUCUUCGUUACCGCCGUCGUGAACAGAUGGACGUAUCUCUAUCAAAUUAUUGGAUUUAUUGACAACAUUGGAUUGAUGACUGCUGAGUAUGUGAGAGGCAGAACGGAGCAAGCUCGAAUGUACCGAAGAAAUAUUGUACGAUACUGUGAAUUGGCACAGGAAAUUAAGAAGUUCCGUACGGGAUUAGCAUGGAUAUGUAACUACGAUUGGGUACCGAUACCUAUUAUGUAUCCGCAGCUAGUAUGUUUGGCGGUUCACACAUACUUUAUUGUCUGUCUGCUUGCAAGACAGUAUAUUGUUUCUGAAGAUGCAGAUAAGAAAAGUGAGAUUGAUCUGUACUUCCCAAUUAUGUCAACGCUUCAGUUUAUCUUCUAUAUGGGAUGGAUGAAGGUUGCUGAAGCGAUGUUGAAUCCAUUUGGAGAAGACGAUGACGAUUUCGAAUGCAAUGCACUGAUUGAUAGAAACAUCACUAUGGUACUCAUGAUGGUUGACCAAGGCUACGAUCGACCCCCAGCUCUACAACGAGAUCCAUUCUGGGAUGAAGAAGUAGAACCUCUUUACUCAGAAGAAUCAGCAAAGAUUCCCACUCAUCCUCUCAAAGGUUCAGUUAGUGAAGUGAGACUGCCUGAUUACGUGCAGGAAAUAAAGAUGGUGCCGCAUUUUGAUGAUCGCCAUCCGUUAAUUGAUUCUCCAGCUUUACGGAGAAGAGUUAGCGUCGUUCCCGUUACACAGCAAGAACAUAGACAAAAUCGACCAUCUAUAGGCUCCUUGGAAAUGUUCAGGAGCUUCAAAAACAAAUUGGGAAGGUACGAUUCUUUUUUAUUCUCAAUGAAUUGUUCUAACUUUUUUAGUGUCGCGUUAAUGACGGCUGCAUACGUGCGAGGCAAGAAUCAACAAGCUCGAUUAUAUCGAAGAACUAUCAUUCGAUAUUGCGAACUGGCGCAAGUUCUAAUUUUUAGAGAUGUUAGCAUGAGAGCAAGAAGACGAUUUCCU